CAGGUCGGUUCGGUUGGCGGAUCCGCUUCGCAGUUGCAUGGUGGAUCCAGCAACGGCGUCCUCUUCUUCGCCAUCUGCUCCACGCCCUUUCGUCGAACCCUAAGACACUUCCGCUCGCUUUCUCCCGUUUGCUUGCUGCUCCUGCUCGAGGAAGAUGCCCCCGCGGUCGGUCAAGAAGGCCGUCGCCAAGAGGCCGUCGCUGAGGUCGAAGAAGAAUCUCGCUGCGAUCGAUGAGUCGCCGUCGGCGGAGGCUGAGGGUGUGAAGAGGGAGGAGCUCAAAGCUGAGAUUAUCGCUACGCCGAUGUCUGUAGAGGAUCCUGUGGCGGAUGAGAGAGUGAUGACAUCAGAAAUCGAUGGAGCGACGAUUGCGACGGAGAAGCCUACUCAAGUGCUAGUUGAGGCUUUGCAGAUUCAGGAGGUUGCAUCUGAGAUGGUCGAAGAAGCAGCAUCUGUUGAGAAGGCUAGAGAACAAACCGUAGCUGAUGAUCCGGAGGAUGCAAAGGAAGUUGAUGAUUCUUCCGUGCAUCCUGAAAAUGCUGAAGUUCCAAAGCAUCCAGGCGAUGUUGCUGCGGUUCUAGAAGCUGAAGAAGAGCACGAUGUUGUGGCUGCUGAUCAGGGUAAAGCAAAAAUAGUCAAGGAUGAUGAUGAGGUAGAUGAUGAGGAAAAUGGAGAUGAGAUCAAAGAUGAUGAGGAAGACAGUAUUGAAGAUCAUGAGGAAGGUGGAGAUGUAAUUGAAGAUGAAGACGAAGAUCCAAGUGAAACUGAAGGUUCUGGAGAAGAUGAAGGUGAUGAGGAAGAUGAAGGUGAUGAGGAAGAUGAAGACAAAAUUGAAGUUGAGAAACUAAAAGAUGGCUACACAAAUAGAAAUAGUGAUAAUGUCAAUGAGGAAGAAAAUGAUGAGGAUGAUGCCUCAUUAUACGUUCAAACUCAGAUGGCAGUGAGAAAAGACAAGAAUUUUAGAAUAUUUAUUGGCGGGCUGGAUAAAGGUGCUGUUGAGGAAGAUAUAGUCAAUGUCUUUGGUAUGUUUGGGGAAAUUCAAUCCAUAAGAAUAGCUAAAUAUGCUGUGACACAGAAGAGCAAAGGGUUUGCCUUCAUUCAAUAUGCUAAAAUUGAUGAUGCAAGGAAGGUUCUUUCUGAGCUGAAGGAUGGGGCAGAGGUGAAAGGCAAACGAGUUGGAGUAUCAGCUAGCCAGGAUAACAACUGCCUUUAUCUUGGAAAUAUAUGCAAAACAUGGACAAAAGAACAAGUGACUGAGACACUCAGAGCGUAUGGAGUUGAACACCUUGAGGAUAUACUCUUACCCGAAGAUCCUAAAAAAGAAGGGAAAACGAAAGGUUUUGCUUUUCUUGAAUUUAACUCACAUUCAGAUGCAAUGGAAGCAUUCCAGCGGUUGAGGCUACCAGAUGCUGUCUUUGGUUGUGAAAGGAGUGCUAAAGUUGCUUUUGCAGAAACUUCAAUGAAUUUAAGUGAAGAAAUAAUGUUACAGGUCAAAACUGUUUAUAUUGAGGAUCUUCCUGAUUCUUGGGAUGAAAAGAAAAUAAGAGAAAUUUGCCAACAUUAUGGUGAAAUAGAGAAAGUACAGAUGUUCAGAAAAUCUGCCACCAAAAAGAAAGACUUUGCUUUUGUUAAAUUUACUUCACGAGAGAGUGCUCUAGCUUGUGUGGAGGGGAUGAAUAGCAGCCAACAUGGGGAAGGCGAUGUCAAUGUGAAAGUAAAUCUUGCCAGGCCGCCUAAAGGGCGAUUUGCUAAGCGGGCUGCUCAUGGCGGAUUCAAAGUAUACAAGGAUGACGAUGUUAUAGAUCAAGUCCAAUCCAAAAGAAAGAAAAGGUCCAAGUCCAAGCAGGUCAGUGUGCAAGGAGAUUCUAAAGGAAAAAAGAAAAGAGAGGAAUCAAGUUUCAUGUCUCAUGGUAGAAGUACUAAGAAUAGAAAGCAGUGGCAAUCUAACAAAGGAAAAAAACGUAGUGGUGGAGACGGGGGAAUUGUAGUGAAUGAACGGUCAUCCAAGAAAGCACGCAAAGACUACUACCAUGGUAAUACACAUGGUAGACGUUCUUCUAUUAAGCGCCCUUACUCAAAAUAUUCUAUGCCAGUAAUCAACUAUCAAAGAUAUGGGUAUGCUGGAGCUUCUGGAUCCAAUCCCUACCAGUCUGAUCUCGCCCCUCAUGCUGGAUAUCUUCCUGCUUCACAAGGUCAUUACUCAUAUGGAUAUGAGCAGAGAUUUUCUGCUUAUGAUAUCCAAAGGGGUUCUGAGUUCACUGGAGCUGUAUCCACAGCUCGACCUUCCUAUCCUAGAUAUUCGAGUUCAACUGGCUAUCAGGCUGGUUAUACGUAUCCAAGCAGUGGAGCAUAUCCCGGGCGCGGUAACUAUGCACCACACAACUAUUACUGAGGCACCAGUUAUUGUUUAUGAAGGCUGCCGACGGCCAGACGAGACGAGUGUCGGUUCACCCUUAAUUGUUGUAUCACCAUCUCAGUAAAGGUUUGCAUUUGGUUCAAUAAGCUUCACUGCCAUUUUAGAUGAGAAAAACAGGGCUUAUACUAAGCUCAAUCUCAAUGACAAGUGCCUACCCAUGAUGGUGUGGAAGUUAGCUUGCUCUUGGUUUUGUUGUGUAGUUGCUGCCUAGUUUUGUGAAUCCGUUGGGUAAAUUCGAGUGCUGAUACUUAACCACAUACUCAUGUUCCUUUGGAAUUAUUAAAAAGAAGUGUUAUAUCAGUAAUUAUUUACAUUA